GCGCUGCAGAGGAAGUGGCGGCUGAUCUCGGUCCGCACCUUUUCCGGUAACAGCCCCGCCACCGCUGUGCCUGACUGAACGGCUGGAGACACAGAGGGAGGAAGACAAAUCGAGAGCGGCAAGAGUGGGGGAGAAACGGCCCGGGGGACUGGGGAAUGGUCGCCGCAGACGCAGGGGGAAGGAAGAGAAGAAAGUCGGAUGAAUCAAUGACCUUUUGAGCGGUCCUCCUGUGGUUACCCCGGUACUGAAGCGGACUCGGAAGGCUCUGAAUUGUCGCCGCCGGUUAGCGAAGAAAAUCGGCGUGCUUCGAAAUUCACCGAGGGGGAAUAAGCUAAGUGUGGACAGCCGGCGGCCAAGAAGGAAGUGGGAUCCCCCGGCUUGGCCUGGGCCUGAUUUAUAUUGUCCUUAGGUUGAAAGAACUCCUCAAACCAGACUCUGCUCGUUCACCUGGGAGGAAAAAAAGAUCUUGUAAGCAGAGUCGACCCAUAUUUUUGUUGGUUUUGGGAGGGAGUGUGUGGUCUAAGCCGACUUUGAAAGAAGGGAAUGUCGUUUUUUCUUCUCACAUCGGAGGGCAGUGGAUCAUGAAAAUAUAUCCCCACCCAAAUCUACAACAGCACCCCAUGAAGUCCCUCUGAUUCCUCAGGCCAGAUUACCUCAAUCCAGCUCAUUGUACUGUAAAGACCUAAACGCUGCUGCCAGCUCUCAGAUUUUUUUUUUGACACUUGUGUCAACCCACUGUUGUCACGUGUGUAGCUUCACGUUGAACCCCGGCCUUCUCUGUUGUCCUGAAAACAAGCUUGGCUCUAAUUAGGAGUUCCCCUUCUUCUUCUAACAAAGUAUUUAUGCACAGUAAACAAGAUGGGGAAGAUGCUGUCAAAGAUCUUUGGCAACAAGGAGAUGAGAAUAUUGAUGCUUGGACUUGACGCUGCCGGGAAAACCACCAUCCUGUACAAGCUGAAACUGGGACAGUCGGUCACCACCAUCCCCACGGUGGGGUUCAACGUGGAAACCGUCACCUACAAGAACGUCAAGUUCAACGUGUGGGACGUGGGCGGCCAGGACAAGAUCCGGCCCCUCUGGAGACAUUACUACACGGGCACGCAGGGCCUGAUCUUUGUGGUGGACUGCGCUGACAGGGACCGGAUCGACGAGGCCAGGCAGGAGCUCCACCGGAUCAUCAACGACCGGGAGAUGAGGGACGCCAUCAUCCUGAUCUUCGCCAACAAGCAGGACCUGCCAGACGCCAUGAAGCCCCACGAGAUCCAGGAGAAGCUGGGCCUGACCCGGAUCCGGGAUAGGAAUUGGUACGUUCAGCCCUCGUGUGCAACGACAGGGGAUGGACUAUACGAAGGCCUGACCUGGCUUACCUCAAAUUACAAAUCCUAAUGUUUCCUCCCACCCACCAGCUUGGACGUUUCGAGACACACACACACUCACACACACACACACACAAAAAAAGUAGCAGAGAAUU